GAGCACCGGACUCAGUUUAUAGUUAGACGCGCUGGUGAACGGACUUGCAGUCGUUCCAAGUUAUAGUUGUAUAUCGGUGCCACUUAAGCCUACGUACACUUGAAGAAGCAGGCUUCCACAACAUGCACAUCCUCAGCAUAUCUUUGAUGGCGGUCCUGCCGGCCAUUGCCUUGGCCGGUCUCUGUGGAGAUGAGCCCGAUGCCAGUUUGUUGGAUCAGCGGCUGAACCUCUACAAGGGUCAACAGAACUUCGCCGUGUCCAUGCUGAACGUCAUCCGGCAGAGCACUCCCAAUGAGAACGUCUUCUUCUCGCCGUACAGCACGUACCAUGCCCUGCUCCUCGCCUAUUUCGGAUCCUCUGGCGACACGGAGAAGGAGUUGGCCAAGGUGCUGCAUCUGGAUUGGGCCGAAUCGAAGGAGGUGGUGCGCAGCGCCUACAUUCUGGAGAAGAUGAGCCGCAAGGAGCGGCAGAGCAAAAUGCCUCUCGAGUUCUCCUCAGCCGAUCGCAUAUUCUUCGCCAAUGAUUUGCAUGUAACCGAAUGCGCACGGAAUCGUCUGGCCGAGGAGGUCCAGCAGAUCGACUUCAAGAACCGGCCAGAGGAGUCACGCAAGCAAAUCAACGAUUGGAUUGCCAAGCAGACGCACGAUCAAAUCCGCAAUAUGCUUAGCGCCGAUGAAAUCACUCCGCGAACUCGUUUGGUCCUGGCCAACGCCGCCUAUCUGAAGGGUCAGUGGCUCAGUCAGUUCAAGACGGAGAAGACGGUGCCCAUGCCCUUCUACACGUCCCCGUCCAACUUCUCGCUGGUGUCCAUGAUGCAGCAGAAGGGCACCUUCCUGCUGAAUGUCGACGAACAGCUCCGCGGCCACGUGCUUCAGCUGCCCUAUCGCACCGUCUUCGAGUCGCAGGAGAAGGAGGACAGCUCGCCGGAUGAGAACUCGGACAUCUCCAUGGUGCUCAUCUUGCCGCCAUUUAACAGCAAUUCCCUCGAGGAUGUGCUCUCCCGGUUGAAUGCCGACAGUCUGGAUGAUUCGUUGAAGCAGGCCAUGCCCCGCGAAAUCGAAGUGUCGCUGCCCAAGUUUGAGUUUGAACAGCGCCUGGAACUUAACCCUAUCCUUGCCAAAAUGGGAGUCAGCAAAAUGUUCGAUGAGUCUGUCGCUACCUUCGAUGAUCUGACUUCCGAGACGAUUUCCAUCGGUGACUCCAAGCACGUGGCCAAGAUCAAGGUGGACGAGGAGGGUAGUACUGCGGCAGCGGCCACAGUUCUCUUCACCUACCGCUCGGCCAGGCCCGUAGAGCCGGCCAAGUUUGAAUGCAACCAUCCUUUCGUGUUCGUCAUCUACGACCGCACCUCCAGGUCGAUCCUAUUUACGGGCAUCUAUCGCGAUCCCAAAACAAUAAAGCAGUAAAAGAUGGCAGGCUUUAAGGUGCUGCAACUUUGCAACUAAUCUAACCAAAUUAUUUUUCGACUGUAAUUCACAAUUUAAACUGUAAAAACAAACUUAAACCAUAAUAAAUUAUGCCUAUAACAAGAA